AUGAAAAUUACACAAUAUUUCCAUGUGCUCUGCAUAAUCACCUCGAUGGCCACAUCGGCAUCAUCCCUGGGCUACAUAGUUCGAUACGAAUUGAAGAAGGCGCGCUGUUUGAAUCCGCCACGAACGGCGCGACGCGUACAGUCUGUUAUCAAGGAUUGUCAGGACGAGGUGAAGAACAAGCUGAUAAACGAGGCCUAUGAGAUACUCAAAGAGCAGGUGGCCGAGGUUCAGCCGCCACUGAAUCCGCACGAUGACAACAUCGAGUUCAUAGAGACGCCGGAGUGGCCGUCUGAGCAAGAGAGCGACACCGCACUGGAGCACCCUCCCAUAUCUAGUCCCUAUAAUGCCAGUCACUACGAAUAUCUGAUCUAUGAUGAACAGCCAAAUCGACGAAUGGCGCGACUGAUGCGCAACAUCAGACGCCUGGAUGUGGCCAGUACGGGAAUAUAUCAUCCGACGCUGGUGCCGUUGGAAGAUAAACGGAUAGCGGGCUGUCUGCUGCACUGCGUCUAUGCCAAGAACAACGCCAUAGAUAAGUUCGGCUGGCCGACGCUGGACGGUCUGGUCGAUUUUUAUUCGGAGGGCGUCCAUGAGCACGGAUUCUUUAUGGCCACAUUGCGCUCCGUCAAUCUUUGCCUGCGCGCCGUUACCAACAAAUAUAAAGUGAAUCGCAAACAGUUGCCACAGAAGGGGGAGAGCUGUGAUUUGGCAUUUGAUGUCUUUGAUUGCAUAUCGGAUCAAAUUACAGGCUAUUGUCUGGAUGAAUAUAGUAGACACUAA